AGGUGGCUCAGAUCUCAUACUCUAGGACACGUCCUGGAAACUCCUUCUCGAGCAUAAUGUCAAGUCGAGGACGCCAAGGAGCAAUCGCAAAAGCAAUUCCCCUCAGGAACCCAACAAAUCAAAAGGAAUGGCCCUCGGAGCCUGCAAGUUUAGAAGAACUGGAGCAGCAGUGGAUACCAGCGACAAGGCGUGCACUCCUGACUUGGCUUCAGGAAGCGAGGAAUAGAGCCACACAGAACUCGGAUCUGGACAAAAUCAAGCCAUGCAAGCAAGCGCUCGACGCAGAAUGGUCAAAUUGGGUAAAAGAGGCUGAUCUCGAAACUGGGACUAUGAAAGGCGGCACGGUAGCUGCAACCGACUGUGAAGCUGCCAUGCUUCGUUUACAGCGAGAGUACCAGAAGGUUCACAGUGACUUGAGCACCGAUCAUAAACACGAUGAGUACCGCUAUGCUCAAAUAGCGUGGGAAGACUUUUUGUACUUCCAGAACGAAUGGAAUCGUCGCUACCUGGAGGUUAACAAGAUAUACUAUGAAACCAGGCAAGAGGCUGCAAGCGCCAAAAGAGCCGACCCGAUACUCUAUUUUUACCAACUCUGGAGAGAUCACCUUUGGGAGCUAUACACAAAGUUCGGAUUGGGGAACAGAAACUCUUCGCCAAAGAGCGUGACUCCAGAUGUCGCGCAUCGCUAUUCGCAGCCUCCAAGAGGGACCACGUCUACCAAACUGAAGGCGUAUAGAAUACGAAGCGAGCAACUCAAGCUCAAAUUUCCAGGGGCGGACUCACGCAUCGUGGAUUUGGAUAAGCUGCUCACCACCAACAUUCAAAGGAACCCCAGGGCUACGGAAUGGAUCAUAGAUCAGGAUAUCUUCACUCUUGAACAAGAAGAGAAAGAUCGAAGCUAUCUGCAAAGCCCUACCACCAAAGCUCUGCUGCCCACAGGUCAUGAUUUGCACCACGGUGUCCUAGAGACUAGUUUCGACUGGCCUACCUCAUUCGAUGCCGAUGAAUGGGGAAACGUGAUUGCUGUAACUGCGAAUAAGCGGGAUUAUGUGUAUGAGGAGGAAGAGUACCAAACAGAAAACGGCAAAACAGAUCGACGUUACAAGAAAGAUGGACAGGGUCGUCCCAUACGACUCACGGAAACUUGUGGGUACAUAAAGGAAAAGCACAAAAAAGAGAGUGAGGUCUUCAUUCACGAUCUUAAUGAAGAUGGCAGUGUUGUAGGCCGUGACAGAGGCGGCGUCUGGGUCGGACGUUUCGGAACCGCAACUGAGAUCUACUACAAGCAUGUGCUCAAAAACCGGAAAAAGAUACCCGACAUACGAUACCGCUCGAAAUUUCAGUUCAAAAUCGUGAAAACCAAGUCAAAGUGGAAGAGGGUGACCAGAUACCAGCGCCACCUUCAGUCAGCCAAUGGAAGGCUUGAUACGAAUGGCAAUACACUCGUGGAUCAGCUCUCUGACGACGAGGCUGUUGAUUGCAUCAAGUCCAACUUGAACUUUUGCCGCUCCGGGAACGUUCAGUCUGAUUCUGACCCUCAAAAAGCUCGGCCAGUUGUGAUAGACAACGGCAGUCACAGCAGUGAUGAUGAUAGCAGUGGCGAGAGCGACGAAGAUCUAUUCGCAAUUUCGUAUCGCGAAUGCUCAGGGUCAGUCAGCGAUCACGCACGAAUUCUACUUGUGAAGCUGAAGUAUGAAAUCGGACGCGUAAAUCCACGAUGGACAUACCGCGAUGUCCUCAAAUUAGUGGCAGCGGGAGCACUCGACGAAGAGGUGCAAAGGAUAUAUCGAGAGACUUACACUCUCCCAUCAACGUACGACUACAGCUCAGAGGUACUGAUCAGCGCGACGCGACAGCUUAUGGCCUGGGAGAAAGAUCUGGGAAAUGCUGGUUGGACUGUUUCCUACGUUGCAGCAAAGCUGUCCGGUGAGCUCGAGCCAGACGAAGGUGAUCUGGAGAGUCAAUACCAGGCCCGCCUGAUACAUCAAAGACCGGAUACUCCCAGCCCAGAAUAACGCCCGUGCUGUUGACUUGCUCGAGCGUUUGCCCAGACAAUCCGGCGAUGCCGAAUGGGACGCUGUCAAGAUUGCCAGUGCGCUACAAGACGAAGACAACGUUAGCACAAUUGAAAGGAAACACAGGGAUUCCAUUCAGCCUCUCAGAGACCUUGUGACAAAGCGCUCAAUACCCGGGGUCGUUCAGCCAAAGGCGUCGUUCGUCCUCGAGAAACGGACCAUGGUUGUACAAUGGUUUCUAGAUAACAAAGAUCCAGCGGUCUCAUAGAGCUACUCGCUGAUUCGAAAAGAAGAUUGUGGUGAUGUGCUUAGGGUAUGUAAGGUUGCCUUGGAAAGUAAGGACGUCUACCCGACGAGAAAUGCCCUGACUUCGAGGUCCGUCAUGAACGCGGUCAGACCGCGCUCUGAGCGGUAUGUUGUUUGACAAGGUGGUAUAAUUCGGU